AAUUAUUAAAAAUUUAAUAAUAAUUCUUAGUUAGUUAAAUUGAUUUGUUGUAUAUGAAUUUUUUUUAUUCUUGUUAGGACAAAUGGAAACUUCCUGAUCGAGAUGCUACGAAGAAAUGGUUCAAUGCUACGGCCAAUGCUCGUUGGAAAGAUCAUAGAACUAAAGUGUUGAAAAUUUUUUAUGAUAGACAACCAGAUCUUGCCACUGCUAAGGCAAAUCGUCCGAAGGGAUUGAUUAGUUCAUCUACAUGGGAGGAAUUGUGUGAUCAAUUUUUUUCUAUAUCUGAUUCCAGUGGUGAUGGCAAGGUAAAUUAUAUUUCUUUUGAUUUUUUUUUCCUAAUUUGUCAUGUUCAAAUAAAUUUAAUCGAAGUUUAUUAACAUGUGUAUAUUCACAGUCCAAGUCUGAUAAAUGCCGAGAAUCCCGAAUGAAAAUCCCUACCGACCACCAUUGGGGUCGAACUAGUAUUAGUGGGUGGUCUCAUGAACAUCUUCAAAAAUUUGGUAAAGCUCCUACCGUGGUUGAUAAAUAUAAAAAAGGCUAUAUGCGUAUUGACCCAUUGAUGCCAUUCGUGGAAUCCGGGUCAUCCACGGAGGAGGGUGAGAGGGCAGAACCAUAUACUGGGAUUGGAACUCCUGAACAACGUGCUAUUGCGGAAGACUUGGAAAGAGUAUACGAAGAGUGUGUUAAUGAUGGAAAAGAUCAAAGUACGGUCGACUCAAUAGCUUGUGAAAGAGUGUUGGGUAAGACAAAAGUACUUGGGAUUCAAAGCUCAACCACUAAGAAAGUUGCAAGAUCAAGAUUUUCUUCUGUUAGAAAUGAAGAGUUGGAGACUAAAGUCGAGCUCUUAGAAGGAGAAUUGCAAGAAUCGCGAGAUGAGGUGAGCUCACUUAAAGAAUCUUUGAACUCAUUACUUAAUACUUUAAGACAAAAAGGAAUUGUCAAUCAGCCCGUCUCCAAAACUCCAAAUUCGGGUACUUCAAAUGACUACGAAGAACGACUCAAUUCGGAUUAAUUUCAUUUUGUAAUGCUACAAUAUUUUUCUAAGUUUUUAUGUAAUUCUAGAUUCGUAUAUGUACUGUUGACUUGGUAUUUAAUUUUAUGUAGACUUCGACUUUAAUUUUGCUAUGUAAUUUAAUUUAGUAGUUUAAUUGUUUUAGUGAAAUUAAUAAUUA